AUGGCAAAUGGAGGGGUAUAAGUGUAAUUGUACAAAACUCUAUUGGCCCCCAAAAAAGCUACCACCGUCACUUUCCCUCGCAGUGAAGCAGGAGCGAAAAGGCGAAGCAAAAAUGGAGAAGGGAAUAAAAGGGACGGUGACGUCAGUGUCGUCGAUGUACCCGGCGGAAGAGGCGCAGAAGGCGGCGAAGCGCGUGCAGGACGCCAUAGCCGAGAAGCAGGAGGAGCUCGAACGCCUCCGAGACUUUAUCUCCGACAAUACCAACCUCGUCACCCUCGUUCAGAGACUCCCCGACCAACUCCAACACGAUAUCAUGGUACCGUUUGGAAAAGCCGCGUUUUUCCCUGGGCGUUUGAAACAUACCAAUGAAUUCCUGGUCCUUUUGGGAGAUGGGUAUUAUGCAGAGAGAACGUCCAUACAAACUAUGGAGAUUUUGAAAAGGAGAGGGAAGACUUUGCAAUCCCAGGUCGAUUCACUGAAUGCCAUGGUGGAGGAUCUCAAAGCCGAGGCUUCGUUUUUCGAUGCUACGGCUGCUGAAGCUGCGGAGGGUUUCCUAGAGAUAAGGGAGGAUUAUGUGGAUGAAAGUUCUGCAAGAGAAUCUGAAUCAGAUCUGCUCAAACAGAUUUCUUCUAGUUCUCCUGAAGCGGACAAUAAGACAAAUGCACUUGAAGAUGAAGAAUUUGCUCGUAUAAUGUCCAGGAUGGAUGAACUUGAGAAAGAAGAACUUGCAGCUGAAAGCUACAAUGAGACUGGCGAACAUGAGGAAACUGAUGUUAGCUUGGAUAGUUUCUCAGAUCAAAUAUCUCUUCACCAGGUUAAAAAUUCAGAGGAGCCUGAAUUCAGGAAACCACCAGAUCAAGCAAAGUAUAAAAAUACUAUGAGUGAAGAGGUUAAAAGUAGGCAUCACCAUCAUCAAGAUUUUACUAAUCGGUCACAGGGCAAUAUUUUUCCUGGUAAUGUAUCAACAUCUUCUCAGAAGACUUUGAUGCCUCCUGAAAUGGAUAAAGUUCAAGCAGCGGCUUCAUCAAGACAUGAGAUCGUUUCACUGUGCCUAAAUUUGAUUAACAGCCUCCUUUGCAGACUUCUACAUCUAAGCCAGAAUUUGAUAGUCAAAAAGCUUUUACAGGUUCUAUCGUUGAGCACCCUUACAAUUUAGAAAGAAAUUCAAGUGAACAGACUGUAUCAAAGUCUGGUUCUCAACGUUCAAAACCAGUUUCCAGAUUUAAGAUGCAGAGAAAAUAGUCGUGUUGUCAAAUAUGAGAUUUGCUAUCUCUGGAAAAGAAAAAGAGAAAAGAAACUGUAUUUAAUUGGUUUCCUAGUAAAACUUGGUUUUACAACUGCCUUGAAAGGUGGGCAAAAUUCCAAGUUAAAAGUUUGAAAAGUUGCAGCUCUUGAGGAAGAUUGAAAAGGAAAAAGAACGAAAUACUAACCAAUUGUUUAAUUUGAGUUAUUAGAUUUUGAAUUUGGUGACAAUGUUUAGCUUGUAAAUAAAUUUUGCUUGUCAAUCUACAAAACAACUGUAAGUGCGUCGGCAAAUAAAAGUUGAAAAUGUACACCUUGAUUACUGAGAAAUGCAAGGAUUUAGUCAACAAAAACUUACACAAAAUUAUGAUGCUGAUUUAAUCUGAAAAAUGAGGAGCGUGUACAAGAAAAAGAUCCUGAUAUUCCACAUUUCGUAA